CCCAGCCUCCCUCUCUAGAUAUCCAUCCCACACCUCUCCGCCGAGAAAAAAAGAGAGAACAGAACUGUUUCAAACACGUCAACAUAAAUAUCACUACUCGAGCUCCCUUUUUUCCCUUUGCCCUCCCGACGGACUUCAGUACUUUUAUACAUUCAGCGCGCCAAUGCCAGAGACCACGCAGAAAGGACGGAUUUUUUCCUCUUGAGCAUGAGAAGGAUUGCCAAAUCAUCCGCAAUCCAACAUCACCGACUGAGCCACCAGCAUGAGCCCUGGAUACAUAUGUUCCAGCAGAAGUUGUUGGCUAGAGAACUAAGAAAUCUUGGAGCACAAAUACAGCAAAGAGGGGAGAGUCAGUUUUAGGUCUCCAUAUAAUGGAGCGAGAAUGAACAGAGAGCGGCUUAAAAAAAAGCAUGAACUGGAGGUUUAUUGAGGUCAUCUGCUUCCUGUUUAUAUGGGACCAUAUAACAGUUCAGUCUACCCGCCAGGACCUGUUGGCUGCUGAACAACAUGUCACCAAGCAAUAUGACUGGCUCAUCUCUGACCGUGGACCUUUCCACCACUCUCGGAGCUAUCUGUCCUUUGUGGAAAGAUUCCGCCAAGGAUUUACAACCAGAUAUAAAAUUUAUAGGGAAUUUGCACGUUGGAAGGUGAGAAAUACUGCAAUCGAGAGAAGGGACCUCAUCCGGAACCCCGUACCACUCAUGCCUGAGUUCCAGCGCAGCGUACGCUUGCUGGGCCGAAGACCCACCACUCAGCAGUUUAUUGACACUAUCAUUAAGAAAUAUGGAACCCACAUUCUCAUCUCAGCCACUCUGGGAGGGGAGGAGGCUCUGACCAUGUAUCUGGCUAAGAACAAGCUGGACAGAAAGCUGGUUAAUGCUACCCAGAACGUGGAAGCCCUCCAUCAGCUGGCCUCAUCUUACUUCAUUGACCGCGAUGGCACAAUGAGGAAGUUGCAUGAGAUCCAGAUCUCCACAAAUGCCAUCAAGGUGACAGAGACACGGACAGGGCCUCUGGGAUGCAGCAGCUAUGACAAUUUGGACUCAGUUAGCUCGAUCCUCCUGCAGAGCCCUGAGAGCAAGCUUCAUCUGCAAGGCCUUCAGGUCAUAUUCCCAGAAUACCUACAGGAGAAAUUCGUCCAGUCAGCUCUGAGCUACAUUAUGUGCAACGGAGAGGGGGAGUAUGCAUGCCACAACAACCAGUGUAUCUGUCAGUGUGCUGACGACUAUCCCCAGUGCAACUGUCCCAUCACUGACAUUCAGAUCAUGGAAAACACCCUGCUGGUUAUGUCUGAGUCCUGGGCAGCCUCUUAUAAAGAUUUUGAAAACUCUGAUGAAUUCAAGUCAUUCCUGAAGAGGCUCCCCUCCACUCAUUUUUUGCCCAUCAGCAGUGUGCAUCUUCUGUGGGGCAGUGACUGGGACCUGCAGGCCCGUUACAGACUCCUUCAGAGUUCCCUGGAGAUCCAGCAGCUCAAGAUUCAGCGUACUGCCCGCAAGCUAUUUAGCCUCAGCGUCCGCUGUCUUCACAAUCCCAGCCACCAGAUGCCGAGAGAGAGAUCUGUGAUGCAGUGGCUCAACAGGGUUCAGUCCUUCCUGUACUGCAAUGAGAACGGGUUCUGGGGGACCUUCCUGGAGAGUCAAAAGGCUUGUGUGUGCCACACAGGUGCAACUCUGUGCCAGCGACCCAUCCCGUGUGUCAUAGGUGGCAACAACAGCUGUGCCAUGUGCAGUCUGGCCAACAUCUCACAAUGUGGCUCCUGCAACAAGGGCUACAAGCUGUAUCGUGGCCGCUGUGAGCCCCAGAAUGUGGACUCAGAACGUAGCGAGCAGUUUAUCAGUUUUGAAACUGACCUGGACUUUCAGGACCUGGAGCUGAAAUACCUGUUGCAGAAAAUGGAUUCACGACUGUACAUACAUACCACUUUCAUCAGUAACGAGAUCCGACUGGAGACAUUCUUUGACCCACGAUGGCGCAAGCGCAUGUCCCUGACUCUGAAAAGUAACAAAAAUCGGAUGGACUACCUUCACAUGAUCAUCGGUUUGUCAAUGAAAAUCUGUCAGAUGCGAAACAGCAGCAUUGAUCCCAUGUUCUUUGUUUAUGUCAACCCAUUCAGUGGCAGCCACUCAGAAGGCUGGAGCAUGCCCUUUGGUGAACAUGGUUACCCACGAUGGGAAAAAGUACGACUACAGAAUUCACAGUGCUUCAACUGGACUCUUUUGCUGGGUAACAGGUGGAAGACCUUCUUUGAGACGGUACACAUUUACCUGCGUAGCCGUGCAAAGAUUCCAACUGGCCUCCGCAAUGAUACGGGACAAGGUCCAGUGGAUCUCGCAGACCCCAAUAAGCGGCAGAUCUACAUAAAGAUCUCCGAUAUCCAGGUGUUUGGUUAUAGCCUGCGGUUUAACGCUGACCUGCUGCGCAGUGCCGUGCAGCAGGUUAACCAGUCAUAUACACAAGGAACUCAGUUCUACUCAUCCUCAUCUGUGAUGUUACUGCUGCUGGACAUUAGGGAUCGAAUUAACCGUUUAGCGCCCCCUUCUGCUCCCGGCAAACCACAGCUUGACCUUUUCUCUUGUAUGCUGAAGCAUAGGCUGAAGCUCAACAACAGUGAGAUGAUUCGAGUGAACCAUGCCUUGGACAUGUACAGCACAGAGAUACUGAAACAAUCAGACCACCUGACUGCAAAACUUUGUUGAGCGCAAUAAUGUAAGGACGGAAAGCUAUAGAGAAACACCCAACUACGAGGGGAUGUUAGUCUUAUUUUUUGUUCUCUUUUCUUUUUUGACCUUUUCUGCCUUUUGAUGUAAUAUUAACUUUGUAAGUAUAAUUCUUAAAAAUGAGAAAAAGGCAGUGAUGAAAAGCUUUUCUGGCAGAUAAAAAAAGAUAAAUGGAUACACUAUAUGGACUGUAUCAUAUUUGUCCCAGCAUGUAUGUAAUUUCCUUAAAGAACCUUAAAAAGAGAGAGUGGAAAAAAAAAAAACACAUUGAAGUACUGGAUGAAAAGGAGGCCUUGAUUAUAAUGUAAGGGAUCAAAGGUUGCUUCUGAAACUGCCAUUCUUUCUUGAGAAAAAAAAAGAUGACAUUUUUAAAGGUAUGGAAUACACAAGGGCAGACAAGAUUUCAGUUUCUUUCACCUAAUGGGCAAAGUAGUUUAAGCAUAACAGACAGUUUAGUAUUAAAAUGUUUAUACAUUGUAAGGAAUUAAAAGCUCUAGAGAGUAGUCAUCACAUUUCUUACGUUUCAGAACCCACAGCGAGUCUGCAUUGCUUUUAGAAAGGUAUUUAACACUUUCAUUGUUCUGACACAUGAGGCACACAGCGGGACAGUAAUGGAUAGUCAUGUUGAAAACAAAAGCCAGCUGUUUAUAUAUACAUAUGUUUGGGUGAAUGUGUGUGAGUGUGUCUGUAAACGUCUUUUUUUUGGCUUAAUGCUUAACGCUGUUUAUUAUUGAAUGUGUCACUUGAGAUUGACCCCAGUCUCUGCUGAAUCUUGCGUUUUGAAUGCUUUUUCCCCCACUGUGUAUGAAACUCCAGCUGUGAUUUUUUUUUUUUUUCUUUUGUUUUUAUUUCACAAGGCAGUAUACCUCCUGGUGCGUGAAUGCAAUAUUGUGGUCUGAAGAUUAUAACAAUCAAUGCUAUUUUGUACAGCUUUGCAAAAUGUACAUGUUGUGACUGCUGAUCUGUGGAGCUUUUCAGCACUGAGAGCAAAAUGUAAACAUUCAUCAUUCAGGCACAUUUGCAAGACAACUUAAAGCCAUACACUUCCCUGAGGUAGACAUACAGUAAGUCAUGAAGCUCACCCCGUAACUGUUCCAUUUGUAUGUCUUUGUUCAACUCUCAUAUGAUUUCAGACAAGAGCACAGCAAAAAGGAAAAUGAUGAGUGAUAAACAUAAUGUUGAGUGAAAUUGUGUUGUUAAAGCCAUUGAACUUGUAUUUUGUGCUGCAGGAAAAGAAGAAGAAAAUCUUAUAUUAAAGCUUAUAAUACCUUUUGAAAGUGUUACUCUGUAAGCUUUUUAUGACCACGUGUAAAAAUUUCUCUUUUUGUUUUGAGCUAUGAAAUUCAACAUUUUCUGCAUGUUACUGGAGGUAUAAAAAGAGCUGCAACUGUUUUUAACACACUCAGUCUUAAACAUAAAACACUACCUAUUGAUGGUCACAUUUUAUUUUGGUAUUCCAAUACUGAAACGCGUAUAAUGUGACUGAUAUUUGCGGGUGGGCUCAUCCACUGAAUGUUGUCUGCAAAAACAAGCUUGGUGUGUUGUACAAAUUAGUUACUCCAAAGUUUUUUUAUGAAGUGUCAUGCAAAACAAUUUAAGAUAUUAUAUUAAGCUGUCCCCUAAAACACAAGUUAGCAUCCCUUUAGAGUAAAAUGUGCCAGCUUUGAAAAAAAACACCUUAUUAUAUAUUUUAAAAUCACAAUUUUUCCAGUAGUUACUAUAUAUUUUUUUGUUGUGUUGUAAUUAAUUUGAUGUCUGUUAAUCUCAUGAUGUGUAUUUUUGUGAUGUAUUUUCUUGUGUUCUUUAUCACUGCCUAUUGUUGUGAGACAAAUAUUGAGGAAACAUUUUAAGACAGUUGUGAAAACCAUAAUGUGUUGUGAGGGACCUGAUGCAAACAACAAUGAAAUUAGCAUCACAAAACAUUUAAUAAAAUUGAUUUUGGAAAUUCCAAUUUAAAUCGCGUUCAAUACAUUAAACACAAAAAAACUGGCUUUUCUUGAUCUAUCUUAAUUAGCUCCAUGAAUGGAUCUAAGUCAAUCAUUUCUGACUUGGUGUCACCAAGAUUUCCAAUAUUUCUGUUAUUUAUUUACUUAUUUGUCUGUUGAUUUUGUUCCGCCUUUCAUCUUUUUGUGUUUAAGCACUUUUACUGCUUAAGAUGAUCUUAGUAAGAGGCUACUUACUUAUUUUGUAAUUGUUAGACAACAAAUCCUUACAAUAAAUGUUCUGGAAAUUUAAAAGAUGAGAAUAAGGCCUUGUUUAUGUUGAAAUGUGGCCUUAUGAAUUAAAAUAACUCUAAGGUAUAAAGUUACAUUGGAAAACUGUAAUCAGGAUUAUCUUAUUCAGAAAGCUGUUAGCUACAGUUUUAAAAAAGGAAUUCUAAAUUCUGCGUUUAUGGGUUGUUGUUGCUCCUUUUUUGACACUCCCAGUUUUUUCCCUUUUUUUUUUUGCAAGCCAAUGGGAAUACAAGCACUGUGUCUCAAUUGACAUACUUCCAUGUUGUACCUGCUUUCUUGAGCGCAUUAGUGAGUUUACACUAUAAAGAAGCAGGUUUGUGGCAUCUUUUGAAUGAACUCAGUAGAAUGCGAAUAGUUUAAUAUAAUCACCACUGAUUGUUGGUUACUUGGUUAUGUAAAGGAACAACUAUAACAGUGCUGCUCCAAUUGAUGCCAUACAUUGAAGUAUAUGUGCAGUGGGACUUAUGCAUGUUAAGCUAUUGUCUUCAUUGUAGUAUAUAUUGUCAGAGGCUUAACAUGUCUGCAAAAUGUAACUAGUGCGACAAUUGUUAUAAGUUAUAAAAGUUGCUUAUUUGGACUUAAAAAGCUACCUUGUCAAAUUGCAAUCAUGAUGAAUGAAACGCUAGAUGAUCCAUUACCACAGAAGUAUCAACAUUGAGGCGCAGUAAAAAACUGAUUAAUUGGCCACAAAACUGCAUGCUAUAUGUAUUAGGUAUCAGUAAUGGACUAUCCAAAUAAAAUGUAACAUAAUUAUUAUUAUUUUUAUUAUUAUUAUUAUUAUUAAGUGCCUGUUAUCAGUCCCUUUAAUAUGUUUAGAGCUGGACAAACUUAAAUUUUACAAAGAAGAACGACAAUAAUUUAGUUUAUCAAUUUAGGACCAUAAAUGUAGGUCAAAUAUAUUGUUUUCAACUUCUUCAGAAGACUUCACAUUAGAAGGAGGCUUGUGCAUUAGGGGGAGAACUGACCACCAGACCAAGACAACAGAUAACUCAAAGUGAUGGUGGAUAUUUUUGUCCCCCGUUGUACAAUAUAUGUGUAAAUAGGAUCUCUAUUACAGUAACAAUGCUGUGCUACAGUAACACUAUCAUAAAUUAUCAAUACUGAAAGGAAAUACAAAGAUAUUUUCAAAAGAUGCCCUCCAAGUACAUUAGCACAAAAUACAGGGCACCCAUGUCUUAUAUAACUGAUGAGACUCAUGACCAUCUGUGACUGUUUUAUAUGAUAAACAUACUGUAUGCUGCAAUUUAGUUUAAGCCACUUGCAAGGUCCAUAAGACAAGCACAUUUACUUGUAUGGCAUUUUGCUACACAGUGUUGCUUACUGUACAUGUAUCCUUAAUUAUGUCUGAGCAUUUUUACACCUAAUAACUUGCUUAUGUAAUUACUUUGCCUUUCUGUUGGGAUUAUUAUAUCAGCUAAUUUUAAAUGAAUGUUUCAUAUAAUAAUCUAUUUCUCAUUAAAAUGUUAUAUUUAA